AUGGCCAAAUUAUCAUGUUCUUAUUUCCUUGUACUCAUGCUUGUUUUCUCAGCUUGUUUGAUGGUUGAAAUCGCUGAGGGAAAGCGAUGUCAUAUAACUAUUGACAAAGCGAUGGCAUGUGACCUUGUCUAUUGCCGUAAUAGCUGCUAUACGGGAUACAACGGCGUUGGAAAAUGUUUUGAUGAUCCUAAAGUUCCAGGCCGUGAUAACUGUGGUUGUCUCUAUAAUUGUUAGAGAGAUAAUUUCUAGAGAAAAGGUGACAUUAUGAAUAA